CGGCUUCAGUCCACUGAUUGUGGUCGCCUUAUCGCAAUCCGCGCUGGCUACAAAACAGCCCCGCCACCGAGCAGAACAAACUAGUCGAUGGCAAACGUUGCCAGCCGUUAGAUACAUUCAAUCCCGAUCCCGAUACCAAUUCAAUUCAAUCCAGUGCCGAAAGCGCAGCCAUGUAUCUGGAGCUCUUUGCGAUCCUCCUGACCACGGUGUUCGUGUGGGACUAUCUGCGGAACAGACGCCACAACAGGAUGUACGCCGCCGCCGGAAUCCGGGGACCCAGGCGCUAUCCCCUGGUCGGCAAUGCUCUCAUGAUGAUCAAGGAGUCACCCAAAACUGUCUUCGAUCUGCAAUUCCGACUGAUCGCAGAGUUUGGCAAGAACAUCCAGAUUCAGAUACUGGGCGAACGUGGCUUCAUGACCGCCGAUCCCAAGAUGAUCGAGGCGAUCAUGAGCAGCCAGCAGACCAUCCAGAAGAACAAUCUUUACGGGCUGCUCCACAGCUGGUUGGGUGAGGGCCUGCUCGUUAGCAAGGGAAAGAAGUGGUUCCGCCGCCGGAAGAUCAUCACACCCACCUUCCACUUCAAGAUCCUGGAGGACUUUGUGGAGGUCUUUGACCAGCAGAGCGCCACUAUGGUGCAGCAGCUGUACGACCGGGCGGAUGGCAAGACGGUGAUCAACAUGUUCCCGGUGGCCUGCCUGUGCGCCAUGGACAUAAUUGCGGAAACGGCGAUGGGUGUGAAGAUCAAUGCCCAGCUUCAGCCGGACUUUCCCUAUGUUCAGUCGGUGAAAACUGCCUCUGCCAUGUUGGCCGAACGCUUCAUGAAUCCCCUGCAGCGCACGGAUCCCUCCAUGAAGCUCUUCUAUCCCAAAUUGUUCACCAAACUGAACGAUGCUGUGAAGAACAUGCACGACUUCACCAGUAACGUAAUCACCGAGCGUCGCGAUCUUCUCCAGAAAUCGAUUGCCGAAGGAGGAGGCGCAAAUGGCAAUGUCAACGUUGCCCCCUUGAACGAUGUGGGUCAGAAGCGGCGCCUGGCCUUGCUGGACGUGCUCCUGCAGUCCUCCAUCGACGGAGCACCGCUGAGCAACGACGACAUCCGCGAGGAGGUAGACACCUUCAUGUUCGAGGGGCACGACACCACGACAAGCAGCAUCGCCUACACCUGCUACCUGCUGGCCCGCUAUCCGGAGGUGCAGUCCCGCGUCUUCCAGGAGAUUCGGGAUGUGAUCGGUGACGACAAGUCCGCGCCCGUCAGCAUGCAGCUCCUGGGCGAACUCAAGUACUUGGAGUGCGUAAUUAAAGAGUCGCUGCGACUGUUUCCCGCGGUGCCGCUCAUCGGACGUCACAUCACCGAGGACACCGUGCUGGACGGAAAGCUGAUACCCGCGAACUCCGACGUGAUCAUCCUCAUCUACCAUGCCCAGCGCGAUCCCGACUACUUCCCCGAGCCGGAGAAAUUCCAGCCGGAGCGUUUCAGCAUGGAGCGCAAGGGCGAGGUCAAUCCCUUCGCCUACACUCCCUUCUCCGCCGGGCCGAGGAACUGCAUCGGCCAGAAGUUCGCCAUGCUGGAGAUGAAGAGCUCGAUCAGCAAAAUGGUGCGGCACUUCGAGUUGCUGCCCCUCGGCCAGGAUGUGCAGCCGGUGCUGAACCUCAUCCUGCGCUCCUCCACGGGUAUCAACUGUGGCAUCAAGCCGCGAGUCUAUUAGGUGUUCCUGGGUGGUCGUCUUCGUUCUUUUCUUUUUAGCUAGUUUUAACUCUGUAAAUAUUUCAAUAAACUACUUGUACAUGGUAAUGUCCAGUGAUGGAUGGCACUCAGUAUUCUCAUGAGUGGGAAUUUAAAUUCUUUGGAGUUGAGGUAUAGGAUUACUGAGCUCAACAUCUUCAAAGGGUAAUGCCUAAAUAGGUUAUAAGUAGGGUACAACAAUUGAAUCAAUCUAAGAUUUUAAAAGCUUAUUAGGAAACAAAUUACGAGAACGUCUGUCAGUAGAAAUAUAAAUUUACUCUACAAUAAAGGUUUAAUAAUUGUCAUAGCAUAUACAAAUUAGAAUUGAAUAAAGAAAAUCAUAGAUAUACAUUUUAUAAAUCAGCAAAUGGGAACAAAUUCUAUCUAGAUCUUGACCCUUCAUCACUGUGGAUUAUAAGUAAGAAACAAAAGGUACAAAAAUAUUAGAUCUUUAAGGCUAAAAUGGACAAACUUGUUAAAGAAAAUAUUAACUGUCAAAAUAACUAGAUAUAUUAAGGACUAUGAAAUAAAAUUGAUUCGAUUUAAUAA